AUGAAGCUGGUUUACUCACUUUCGAUUUACACAGCCGAUACCGUAGAUCGUCCGAAAAAGAUCUCGUGGACGGUCGUCGACUACGGCUUCGAUCUGACUCGCUCGAAUUUAUUCCAGUUCCUGAUUGUUAACGGCACACGGUUUGGCGCUCCGAUUGAUUCGCCAAAGUUUAGCAUUGUAAAUGCCACUGACGACACGUCCGACACCACCACAACGUCAUCAUCAAUAAUGCCUUCGUCGACGACAGCGUCGCCACCAGUCACUUCAACCUCCGAUUCAGAAGCAGACAAUAGGAGCGACCGUGGCCUCGGGGCCGGACCUGCUGCCGGCAUCGGGGUGGGUGUCACGGCAGCAGUUGGUGCAGUAAUUGCUGCCGGAUGGUGGUUAUUUCGAAGACGGCGCCGGGCUGCUCAAGCCAACCUUGCCGCAGAGCCACUUUCAAGGGAAUAUAUGCAAUAUGCGGUCAAACCAACAGCAGCGACACCACCACAAAUGCUUGAUUCACAGACGAUUGUCCCAGCUGAACUACAGGGAAGUGAUGACAGGCUAAGAGGCAGAUAG